AUGGCACAAAACGCUUCCGCCCGUCAGUCGCAAAUCUCCGCACCACAACCUGCUCCCAUCCUUCCUCCUUCUACCCCAGCAAAUUCGCGUCCAUCGCCCAACAUGUCCUCUUCAACACAACCACAAAUUCAAACCCCUACAAUGCCAACACCUAGCAGUGAAUCGCGCAUGCAUCCUCCAAGUAUACCACGAAGUUUGAUGACGCCAGCAAGAGAAUUAAGAGAGAGUUCCGUCGCGAGUAGCAUUGGAGGUGGAAGUGCGACGCGCAAACCGAGACAGAAUCUAGAUGAGCGCGAUCAAAUUCAGGCAUUGAAAGCUUGCAUUGCUCAAAAACACAAUUUCAAAGAAGGCACCAAAAGUCAAUUUUGGAAUGGAGUUAAUGCACAAUUUCAUGAGUCUACAGGUAAAGUUUUAGCGCAGAUGAGCGCCACGGUCGCAAGAUUGGUAGAAGCUCGCAGGAGACAGGUGUGUGAUUGGGAAAAUGAAGUUAUACCAGAAAAGCCUGGUGGUGAAUUAAAUGCAUUAUUGGAUGAAUGGAUUGAGUUUCUGAAGGUGGAAGAUGCAGAUGCGGAAAAUGAGAGACAACGACAAGUCGAUGCGAGAAGGAGGGUAGAGGAAUCUAGAAAAGAGGCCAGAAAACAAGUGAUUGCACAAGAGAAUUUAAUGCAAAAUCAAAGUCCAGGUGUGAGAAUCGUCGCCGGCCCAGCUCCUCCACAGCCAGUCGCAGAUAUGGGACAAAAUCAACCUCAGCAUCCUCCUGCUGGUCAAGAAUUGGUAUACCAAUCAGCUCCAAAUGGAGAAUUUUCCGAUGCGUUAGGAUUCCGCCCUCUCAAAAGACGAAGAACUACGAAUAAUGAAGAUCUUUUACCGCCACAAGUUGCCACCAAGAACCAAUGGUUCACUACGGUCAAGACUAUCGACUUCCUCCUCCACCUCCUCCCCCUCCAUCUGAACCACCGCGACGCGAAGUAG